AUUCGCAGUAAAUAUUUACUCCGGAACGAGUUUGCUACUCUCGCACAUACAACUUUCGCAAAGAUUAGCCAGAGAGGCUCGCACACCUUAUCUCUUAUCGCAUAAUUUCCGUCAAAUAUGUCGGCAAGACUGUUAUAGCUAAUUUUAGUGUCGAGUAAACCUACGAGAAAGCGUACGCCUACGGCAUUUAUUGACUGUGAACUCUGAACCAAGUAAGAAUGGAUUCGCCCACCUCCGAGACGACCUCGCCUCUUCCCCCACCAAUUGGUCCCUUUGUGGGAGCCAUUGACGAGGGCACAACCUCCGCCCGAUUCAUCAUUUUCCGCGCCGGAACCGACGAAAUUGUGUGCUUUCACCAAAUCGAGGUGGAAUCAAUUUUCCAGAAAGAAGGAUGGUGCGAGCAGGAUCCCAUGGCCAUAAUGAAAACAGUCAACGAGUGCAUCGCCGGAGCCUGCAAGAAGCUAGAGGCCGUGGGCGGCAAAGUCGAGGACAUUAUCACUAUUGGUAUAACAAACCAACGCGAGUCCACCGUAGUCUGGGAUAGGAACACCGGCCAGCCGCUGUUCAACGCCAUCAUAUGGCUGGACAACCGGACCACCAAAACGGUGGAGGAUCUGUUGGAAAAGAUUCCUAACAACGCCAGGAACAUCAACUAUCUGAGACCAUUGUGCGGACUCCCACUUUCACCUUACUUUUCGGGCGUAAAGCUACGCUGGCUGAAGGACAAUGUUCCGGUGGUUAGCCAGGCCUUCUCGAAGGGUUCAGCGAUGUUCGGAACCAUUGACACCUGGCUAAUGUACAACUUGACAGGCGGAAAAGACGGUGGCGUCCAUAAGACGGACGUGACCAACGCCUCCCGGACCAUGCUCAUGAACAUCGAAACCCUCCAGUGGGAUCCCAAUCUGCUCAAGUUCUUUGGUCUGCCCAAGAGUAUUCUUCCAGAAAUCUGCUCGAGCGCGGAGCUGUACGGCCACAUUGCGCAGGGUGUGCUGAAGGGCAUCAGCAUUAGCUCGGAUUUGGGCGACCAGCAGGCGGCUCUGGUGGGACAGCAGUGUCUGGCCAAGGGGCAAGCCAAGGCCACUUACGGCACUGGAUGUUUCCUCCUCUACAACACAGGGCCCUCAAUUGUGCACUCCCAGCACGGACUGCUGACCACGGUGGGCUACCAACUGGGCCGCAAAGCAGCCCCCUGUUACGCCCUCGAAGGCAGCGUGUCCAUUGCCGGCGCAGCCUUCAACUGGCUGCGCGACAACAUUAACAUCAUUCAAAACUCAGGCCAGAUCGAGACCAUGGCCAGGGCAGUGGAUAACUCACUGGACGUGUACUUCGUCCCAGCCUUUAAUGGACUAUACGCUCCCUACUGGAACCAGGACGCACGCGGCGCUAUUUGCGGUCUGAGUGAGGAGACAACGAGUGAGCAUAUAGUGCGUGCUACACUGGAGGCGGUUUGUUUCCAGGUCCGGGACAUUCUUGAUUCGAUGCAUAAGGAUUGUAAGAUUCCGCUGGCCAAGCUGAUGGUGGACGGGGGCAUGACUGUAAACAAUCUGUUCCUGCAACUGCAGUCCGACCUUGUCGGAAUUCAAGUGCUAAGGGCGAAGAUCGCAGAGACAACAGCGCUGGGAGCUGCCAUGGCAGCCUACAAAGCUGUGGAGAGUCGCUACCAAUUGGAGGCAUCGCUCUCGAAGUCUGGGCCCCGGGAAGCUUUCAAGCCCUCGAUCAGUGUUACCGACCGCAACCUCCGCUAUCAGAAGUGGAAAAUGGCCAUCGAGCGCUCUCUAAACUGGGAAACCUCAACUCUACCGCAUGGGGAACGCGAGGCCUUCGAUGGAGCGUAGGUGCAGUUCAUUCAUGGUAAUGUUUUUUUUUACUUAGUUUGUGGGUGAUCGUUUUACUUAUGUGCCAGUGGCCCAAAUUUGGUUAUUUUGCGUUCAAAGUUUUGAUUUAUUGUGUAUAUAAAAAUGUUUAUGAAAAACUUAGAAA